GAUGUGCCAAUACUCACGGGACGAAUCGGGCCGCUCCGUGUCUCGCCGGACAGGACGGGGUUAAGAACUCUGUGAUGUCAGCGCGCCUGUUAUAAGACCUGGGCUGCGCCGCUGCCCAGCGACCCCUUCCUCCGCAUCAAAGAGCACAGGGGGCUGCACUCCAGGACCCAAGCCCCACUCUGGUUCUCAUGUGCUCUCCUGUGUCUUGUGCCGACUCGCCCUUCGCACAGAUGCAUUGGAGGCUCUUUGCACUUCUGCUCCUUAGGAACUGCGCCUACCCAGCGAUUCCGACUACUCGAAAGCUGAACGCCAGUUCCGAUUUACCAGACGACUGUAAGGGCUGUCUCGAGUGUUCUGGAGAUAAUGGCUGCCUGAAAUGCCCAGAGAAGCUCUUCUUAUACAUUCAAAGAGAGGGGAUGCGUCAGCAUGGAUCCUGCGUGCACGCCUGUCCACCAGGCCACUAUGGGGUCAGAGGUCAAGAUGUGAAUAGAUGCAUACGCUGCAAGACCUCCAACUGUGAGAGCUGCUUCAGUAAAGAUUUCUGCAUGAAAUGUAAAGGGGGUUUUCAUCUGUUUAAGGGGAAAUGUCUGGUAAUGUGUCCAGAAGGUACUUCACCACAUUUGUCUGAAUGUGUUGAAGGUUGCCAGGCGGGAAAGUGGAGCGAUUGGGGUAUUUGCACAAAAAAUGGACAGACAUGUGGCUUCCGAUGGGGAAUGCAAGAGCGGACUAAAGGCCCCCAAGAGGGGCUGGGAGAAGAAUCACCUAAAUGCACCCAUGUCUCAGAGAGCAGGCGCUGCAGGAUGAAGAAACGUUGUCCUGGAGAUAAAAUUAAGACAGAAAAUAAAAAUAAAGGCAAGAAAGGAAAGCAACCAAAGAAGAUGCCAAGGAACUCAAUGGCCACCGAACCACCCGGAGGAUCUUAAAGCUCUCUGCUAUGGCAGAUGGACACAGAGAUGCACCGCUGGGCUGCAGACAGAGAAAUGUACUUGAAAUGUGUUUUUCUUAUGUUUUUUUUUUUUCCUUGGUUAAAAUUAUCUUUUUUUAUUGUUUUUAAAGAUAUUGUGAUGCAAGAGACUCAGUAUUCCAUGAACUCAAAAUUGAAUUAAUUUCAAACUAACUUCAGACUUGCAGUUUGUGCUUGGCUAACUUUAUAUUACACAAGUUAUUUAUCUAAAUGCAGCUUCACAAUACAAUACUGCUAGGGACAAACCAGUUACAACAAAGGAAGAUCCUG